AUGAAGAAUACGUCUUUGUUUUCAGUCGAUGCAAGCAAUUUUAACUUGGCUCCUCCAAGUAGUCCUCCGCCAAUAAUCUUCGUGGAAGAAGAAGAUGAAGAAGAAGAAGAAGAAGAAGAAGAGGACGUUUAUGAUGAUUAUGAUGGUGCUGUUCUUUUUAUUGACUAUGGUGAUGAUGAUGAAGGUGGUGUUUAUUACAACGAAUCUCCCGAGGAUGUUGUUGAUGAUGAUUCUGAUGAUGUAAGAUUAAUUGUAGGCUUGAAAGUGAUGAAUAUUGAAGAAGGGUCAUCGUUGCUUUUGGGUGGUGAGUGUGCAGUGUGUUUGGAAGAGUUUCGUGUGGGGUCGCAUGCUAAGUUGCCAUGCUCACAUAUCUUUCAUCAAAACUGCAUUCUUCCAUGGUUUUGGAUGAAUGAUUUCUGUCCACUCUGUCGCCAUAAGAUGGCUUAG